GUUAAAUCAUUCAAGCAAGAAAGCUGUUGCAGGAUUAUAAUACAUUGGCCUGGCCUGCCUAAUGAAUGAUUUAUCAUCUCUUACGUCUUACUCUUUAAAGUUAAGGCCUUCGUAAAGUUAAAGUCUUUAAACUUAAACGCUGUCUUCUCUGUCAUCUCCACUUCGUGAUCCGAAUGCGAUAUCUAGAUCUAUAAGAUCUAUUCUAUGAUAUAGAUAUAGAUCUAGAAUCUAGGAUCUAGAUAUAUCUAUUUUAGAUUCAGAUCUAUUGUGGCUCCUUAUUUAUAUUUAUUUUUGACUUUACUUGACUUAUGAUCAUGGGUGUAAAUUGUGGAAGGAAUUCCUCAGAGGGCUGGCUGACCGUCAACACACUAAAGUACUAAAGAGUGAAUAUUUUGAGCGGGUUUCCAUGAAUUUGGGACAAGUCCAAACAUCUGUGUGUUCCCUGUAAAAGGAAAAUUAUCUUGGGGAAAUGGAGGAAGUUGAUGAAGUUGGUGAGGUGGAUUUUCCGUUUGAUUUGUCAGAAUGGAUGGUGGUAGAUGACGAUGAUGAAGGUGGUGAUGAAUCUCCAGAAACUAAUACAGAAAAGAUUGAAGAAGAGCUUCAGAAGAAGUAUAGCCCUGAAGCAAAGAAGGCUGCAGGAGUCACUGGUGUUUCUAAAAAUAGUUUGUCUCAGCCUGGUGAUAAAAAUGCCACAAGUACAGGCUUACCACAAAAAGAUCCUGGGCCGGCUUCAAAAUCAAAGGCUUCUACACCCAGUAAGGUGUCCACCAAAGCACCGCCCGCAAAAAAGGUUGCUUCAGAACCAAGUUCAGCUGGACCCAAGCAAAACACUGCUGGUAAACCUUCAAUUUCCAAACCGUUACAACCCAAAAAGACCCCUGUCACAUCAGGGAAGGGAAAGACAGCGCAGCCGAGCCAGCAAGUGAAAUCAAAUGCUGCUGUAGGCAUAAGCAAGGUCACCGAGUCGGUCAAAGCGCCAUCUGGAGGCAAAGGCAGCCCUGGUGUUGGAACUCCUCAGAAAGCACUACCUGCGCAGAAGAAAUCUGGGGUGUCUGCAGAAGUGCGUAAUCAAGCCAAAGGAGAGAACAAGGGUCCUGUAAAACCAGUUGUCAAAUCUCUCCCAGCUGCAAGUAGCAAAACCCCAGAAGCUGACAGAAGUAAUGACACCACUGAUAAAAUACCAGCCAAGGUGCAGAACUCUGAGAGUAGGAUGUCAACUAAUGUUCCUUCGUCCUCCAAUGAGACGCCCAAAAAGUCUCUCGCUCAAACGAAACAAACGGUGACGAAUGAUAAAGCUAAGAAAAGUUUGACCUUGACUUCUUCCGCUACCUCAGGGCAGCCUUCUCAGUCUAUGGCUCCCUCUGCUAAUCUGAAGAAAGCAAAGAGUAGCACCAAUAAGUCCAAUCCUGAAGUGCCAAAAGACAAAUCUCAGUCCCCCGGAAAAUCCUCAGGAAGUACGCCUGAUCAUCGGCAGACUGUGCCAAAAUCAUCAGCCUCGGGCCCGAAAAAGGCACCAGGUAACGCUCCUGUAACUGCAGCACCCAGUGCAACCUCUACCACUGCUUCUAGCGCCUUGAGUGCAGCUUCUGCGAAAUCACCCCACUCAACUAUCAAAGUUGGUCUGUCAGGAAGAAAUGCUGGAAAAUACUUACACAAGGGAACUGAUUCUCUUACGGCGAUCAACGAAAGCGCCCCCGGCCAAUUGUCAAAAACUGUGAGUAAAUCAAACACAAGUGCGAAGGCACCAUUGAAAACUGCUGCUCCAUCAACGCCAAGUGGGAGGGGUAGAAUUGACUCUGCGGAGAAUGAUCCAAGCAGUAGUCUAGCCGACCUGAUGACGUCUGUCGAGGAGUACGAGGAUCGCGGUGGGGGUGCUUUUGACCUAGAUGUAGAAGACGUCUCCGAUACAGAAUUGCCCGUCAUUCCAUCAUCUACUGUUGGGAAGACUGAGAAGCCCGGUAAGACGUUAAAGUCUAAGAGGGCUAGUUCUGCCGAAAAAGAUGGACCUCAGCCCAAAAAACUGAAAACGUCCUCAUCUGCAGGAUCGGCUGUCACUUUAGAUUCGUCAAAAGUUUCUUUGGCAAAGAACAUGCCUGAUGGUAAUGCUGUUGUAAAGACUGCGUCCAACAUUCCACUUGUUAAAGGACAGUCGGAUGUUACACCACGAAAAGAAACUUCAAACGCAGUGCGAGGAAAUCCAACUGAGACGAAUGCCAAAAAUUUGCCAGUGGCUUCCAAAGCGUCAGGGCCCAAAGUUAUGGGAGCAAAGACAGGGAAGAGAAUCAUUCGUCGAUUUCACAGGACAACUCAAACUGUUUCCAAAACGUCCAAGAACAAGAUGUUGCAAUGCCUCAUAAGGAUCCCGUCCUUGGAUGCUCGGGCCGUGCAGACCAGGACGACAGGCUCUCAAGUGAUAGCGGUGGAGUCGCAGUCCGUGUGGGAGACUGAGCUGCUCCCUGAUUACUCCUUCACACUAGACGUCUUCAAAGCAGUCGGGACGUUUGACGUUACCAAGCAGACUUCCAGGCUUUCCUUUGCCUCUUUUAAACAUGGAAUAAGUUUUGGACCUGUUCUGUCAGCUGACCUGGACAAAAGCUCUUUCCGUGAUGAAAUACUGAAGAAGGCAGACAGCUACAGUGUAUCUUUUAUAGAAAAAGAUGCAGGGGUUGUGGAUUUGUUCUUCUACGAUAUGGAGACUUUUGUGAACAUGACAACGCAGCUGAGACGAACUAGGAUAGGCUCCAGGUACCUGGUUGUGACUUUCUGUGCACAGGAAGAAAAGAAGAACAGCACUUCAGAUGGGCUGGGAAAAAUGAAUAAAGCUACAGUUGUCUUCGACCAGAACUUCUCCUCCACCACGUUCCUGUCUUACAUGAAAGCUGCGGUGUGGAACAAGCCCAAGGUAGAGGAGAAUUUAUCAAUGUACAACAUCCCGGAAGGAAUCUCAACAGAGUUUGUCAAGACCGUCAUGCCGGAUGCUAUUACCGUGGAGCUAGAUGUCGGAAAUCCAGACAAAAGUCGAUUGAACGUUGGUUUAAGUCGCAAGACAGGGUGUGAUCAGAUGCGGCACCUGUUUAGCCAAGUCUAUCUCGACGACCAGAAGGUGCUCAUGUUGUCUGGAAUGACUCACUCGGGGGAGACGCCAGAGCUGAAAGAGCUUCUCGCCAAGAAGAAGAAGCAAUCAGGAAGUGUGGAGGCCGAGAAAGAAAUUGUAGGAAGAACGAGAGAUAUCUUCUCCACGGAGGCACCUAUUCCUCAAACAGGGGAGAGAAUCGACAUCAUCCUCCACGUGGAUGACGAGAGCAACGUGAGCAAGAUCCUGGCCGGUCAGGCCAACACGUGGAAGGGCCCGUCGGUCGCCACACAGGUGCGCCAGAUCCUGCAAGUCCAGGCCAACGAACUGGCCAGUGCGGCUCUCUCUGAUGUCAGCGAAGACCUGUCGGAUAUCUCAGAGACCUCGGACAUCGGAGACUCGCCCAGUCCUCUCAAGAGGAAGACGGCAACUUUCCGCAAGUCGUCGCUUCCAGAAGCCUACCGGCCUCGCCCGUCAGAGAGGUUAGAGGACAGCCCACACAGAAGUAGAACCUCCGUCUCAAAGUCUGUCGCCUCCACAGAAGACAGACGAAGGGACAGGUACUUGACUGACCAGAGAGAUUCUCACUCCCAACGCUCCUCAAACUACUCGAAGCAGUUGCACAAGAAAGAGGAAUCUUUCAGGGUGGAGAGGAGGUACGACGGUUACGAUUGGGGCCAAAACGAGAGGAAAGGUGGCUCGCGGGAUGGAAGUCAGCGCGACUUUUACGCGAGCGAAGGCAAAAGGGGCGGAGACAGCCGAGACGCUUACAGCAGGUAUGACGCGACCAAUGAGGAGAGAAGAACAACGCAAGCUCGAGACGAAAGAAGAGGGGAUGUGGGGCCCGACAGAGACAGAUACGAGAUUGCGAAAGAUUACGGGAGGCGGGAAAGAGAAGAGCCGAAGAGGGCGGCGGAGUCCUCGCGGGAUAUCCUACGAAGAGAGCGGAUAGAGAUUGAGCGGAUGGAGAAGGAAAAGAAUGCCACACGAGGGGGGCAGAAGUCUCAAUCGGGCUCGGAGGAUAGGUCGCAGGAGGCGAGGGAGCGGUCGAAGCAGGAGGCGAAACAGGAGGAAGAGGACAGGCUGGCCCGGGCUAUCAAGGCCACGCUGGGCUACUCGGUGCAGGAGGAGAAAAAGUGGGGAGGCUCGCAGGGCGACAGGCAGAGAGAGAGGAGUCCUCUCGGGAGACGAACUGUGGCCAGGGGCCGCUCUACGAGUCCCUCAAGAGCCAGGAGGCCGGCGGAGAGCAGUGGGACGUCCCGCCGUCUGUCCCGAUCGCCAGGCACCACCAGAGAGCAGCGGCACAGGAAGUCGCUCUCCCCGCGUCCCCGCCGGCGCUCCCAGUCGCCGUACAAGAAGGGAAGGUCGGCCCUGUCGCCCAUCAGUAUCGGGGACGAUGAUGACAACGUGGAUCUGCGGAGAGGAAUGUGGUUAUCACAACCUCCGUCUGCGAUGAGUGGCUCGUGGAAACAAGACUCCUCAAAAGGCACCACCCAUCCCAAGUCCUCACUCAAAUCUAAUCCCACAGAGUCUGAGAAACUUCUCCAGCGACUACAGGAAAGCCGGUCGUCCAAGCAUCUGCAGCCGGAAGACAAGGCGAUGCUAACAGCUCUGGUGAAGCACAUGGUCUCUCGGGCACAGAAACCUUCGCAGUCGUCACAGGCGGCCGGCGACAAAACUCCCACUGCUCAGUUUAUCCCCGGGUUCCACGACCCGGCCCGGUUCGCCAAGAAGUUGAGGGAUCAGUUGAGCUCCGGGGACACGGCGGGCGCAUUGGGGAGGAGCUCGGGUAGGAAAGGAGUCACCAAAGAAGAUCUGGAGCCGAAGACGACGGGUGUGGUUGGAGGUGCGGGGUCUCUGUACGGCUCUUCCUCGCUGGGUGACAGUUUCAGAAGCGGCAAGUCGAUCCCGCCUCCCAUCCCCCCGCCUAUCGCCCCUCCUCUACUCUCCUCCUCCUCCUCCGCACAGCCUGCGGAGAAAGAGGCGGAGCGAGUCUCCUGUCUAGAGACCCUGGCCAACCAGCUAGCGGUGGAAAUUCUGCAGCACAUGUCGCAGCCCAGCUCCGUUGUCCCGGCAACUUCUACGGGGCCCCCGCCGAUCAUGGCGGGCGCCGCUGCGAUGCACAGAUUGGCGGCCACCGUGUCCACCGCCUCUGCCCCACCCCCCCACGCCUCCUCUGCACCCCCUCCGAUGUUGACGGGCGCACCUCCUCCGUCCAUGUCCGGGCCGCCCCCAACCUUGAGCGGCCCACCACCGCCCAUAGCGGGCCCGCCGCCCCCCUUCGGGAUGCCUCCCGCCAUGGCUCCUGGCAUGCACAUGCACUUCAUGCCCGACCCCAUGAUGGCUCUCCCUCCCGACCUGAGCCAGCCCCCUCCCCCCAUGUGGCAGCACCCUCCCCCAGGAUUUCCAUUUUAAUAUAUUUCUUUUCAAAUCAAAGAACAGAUCCCCCCACCCCCCCAGGAUGUCCAUUUUAACACUCUGUGGUCACUUGAUGCAAUAAUGCGGUGGUGACAAUCAUCCAUUCCGGUCACCUGGCGCAUUUCUGUGCCAGCCCAGGCCCUAGAAGUUGGUUGCAGUCACUCUCCUGGCUGGGUGACCAGAUAUGGGAUAUUUUGUACUGCUGGCCGUGUGACUGGAAAAUGUUGAUAUAUUUCUUUUCAAAUCACAGAGCAGAUCCCCCCCUCCCCCCAACCCUCUUUCCAAUUUUUUUUUUCAAUUUUAAUUUUUGAAAGAGGCAAAAGUGUUGAGAGAGAAUUUUUAUAGAAGUGGAAAGAAACCAGAUGAUGUCAUGGUAGAAAAUGCUGGCGUUGAUUUGACACGGAUACCUACUAUUACUAUUAGGAGACAAAUGCUGUUUCAUGGAUACUUGCAUAGAAUGGAUAAAUAUAGGCCAGGAGCAUCUUGUAUUUACUGGAAAAGUCGACAAAUGAGACGGAGGCAGACUAAAAAUAAUUUACUAAGAGAAUUUGAAAAGAAAGAUGAUGAGAAAAAAUCAGGAUAAUAUGAUAUAUAUAUAAUUCGUUGAGAACAUUUGAGUUGAGAAAUAUUUGGUGAAGUGAGAUUGUCAAUGCCUGAUUCUAGCACUUGGAGAAGAGGGGGUAGGAUAAGAUUAUGGGAUUCAGGAGUGCAAUAAUCUUCAGUAACUGUUAGGGGGUGUUGCAAGCCCCUGCUUUUGUGUUUUGUACAAAUGGGAUU